AUGUCUGAGAAGCAGCUCAGUCUGUCAGCUAAACUCAUCAAUGGAGGGAUAGCCGGAUUAAUUGGUGUCACUUGCGUGUUUCCUAUCGAUCUGGCCAAAACACGCCUCCAAAACCAGCAAAACGGAUCUCGGAUCUACACUAGCAUGUCUGACUGUCUCUCCAAAACCAUCCGAUCGGAGGGUUUUUUUGGAAUAUACAGAGGUGCUGCAGUUAAUCUGAUGCUGGUAACUCCAGAAAAGGCCAUCAAACUCGCAGCCAACGAUUUCUUUAGACAUCAGCUGUCCAAAGAUGGGCAGAAGUUGACAUUGUUUAAAGAAAUGUUAGCUGGCUGUGGAGCGGGUACCUGUCAGGUAAUUAUAACAACUCCUAUGGAGAUGCUAAAGAUCCAGUUGCAGGAUGCUGGCAGAAUAGGUGAUCAAGUUGAGCCCAUUGCAUUAUGGGAUACAGUACUCAAGGCACAGAGGAAGCUGAUUGGCCAUCAGGGCAGAGGAGGCGGAGCCAAAGAGAGCCUCGUGAAAUCUCCCACUGCCCUCCAGGUCUCUAGAGAUGUGCUGAAGGACAGAGGCCUCGCUGGUUUUUAUAAGGGCCUUGGUGCCACUCUAUUAAGGGAUGUGCCUUUCUCUGUCAUUUACUUCCCACUGUUUGCUAACUUGAACAGCCUGGGCAGGAGGAAUGCUGAUGGUUCCGCUCCGUUUUACAUCUCCUUCCUGUCCGGCUGUAUUGCGGGCUGCAUUGCAGCUGUUGCUGUCAACCCUGUGGACGUGAUAAAGACCAGGAUUCAGUCUAUGACCCGUGGAAGUCAAGAAGACACAUACAGCGGAGUAAAAGACUGCCUCAGUACGAUUCUUCGCAAUGAGGGUCCUGCUGCGCUCCUGAAGGGGGCGUACUGUCGCGCCCUGGUCAUCGCUCCACUUUUCGGCAUUGCUCAAGUGAUUUAUUUCCUGGGAGUUGGUGAAUUUGUUCUUCAUCUCCUGUCUGGACAAAAACACUGAAUCUAUAAUAUGCUAUGGAUUCAAACAGUAGUUAUCAAAUGUCAUAGGUUUCAGAACAGCAUUGAUAAAGUUUACAUCAAAGGUACACUGUCGGAAAAAAUGUCAAAAAAUUAUCCCAAUUAAGGAGCAACCUUCCGGUUUCUUUCGUGAAGCCAACAUGGAAGUGACUUAAACUGCAAUUCAUUGACUGUCCACUAGA